GGAAUGGCCAGAGUCGAGUCGUUUAAAGCGAGUGGAAAUCGGAGAUGUCUUGUAUCUAAUAGCAAACAUUGUUCCUAGUAGUACGGCCAGGAGCCCCUAGGCCUACCAAUACAAUCCAAUACAGUAGAAUCUCUCACGGUGACAUUUUUCAACCUCAGUCACUCUCGUGCUGUUUUGGGAUGGUUCGGGAAUCAUCACAACCGAUAUUGCCAAUGCCCUUAUACAUUAUGGUUUUUGGCCUCAUCAUCGCUUCUGGAUCUUGGCAAUGACGAGUGGCAAUGAAAAGGGCUUGCUCAAACAGGUGACAGAGACAACACGCAAAUCACGGCCAACUGAUUGAACUGACUGAGCCUUUGGCCAUGAUCACACUUCUCUUUAGUGCAUUGAAGAACUUCACGCUGCAGCGCUGCCCACAUAUCAAUGUUGAGCGUUUUCAGACCUUCAGGGCAAGAGGUGGCAACCAUUCCAGUGAAUCGGCUCGUGAACGUGAGAGGCUUGAAACAGCACCUGCGUUUGCUUUUGGGCGUGCCCCGAUUCAAACAAAGGAUCCUUUAUCAAGGCUCCGUGCUGGAGGAUGAGACUCGAUUCUACGCAGACUUGGACAUUGAAGUUGUUCUGAUUGUGGUGCCCUUCUGCGGCCCGUCUCAAAAGCAACGACACCAAUUCCUGAGGGCUGCGAUAGACGGCAAUUUCUCCAAAGUUGAAGCGAUGCUACACCGCCCCCAUGAUCCAGAUUUAGCUGCGGAGAACGGCGAUACGGCUCUUCUACUGGCAUCACAUGCAGGCCAUGUGGAAGUUGCUCGUUUGCUGUUGGAGGCCGGUGCUGGUGUGGACAUAGCUGAUGCAGAUGGUGAAACGCCUCUUAUUUUGGCAUCUGACUUAGGCUCGGUAGAGCUUGUACGUUUGCUGUUGGAAGUCAGAGCUGACCUGGACACAUCUGACACAGAUGGCGAAACAGCUCUUAUUUUGGCAUCUGAUCUCGGCAGUUUGGAGAGUGUGCAUUUGCUGUUGGAGGCAAGCGCCAGCGUGAACAUAGCUGACGAGGAUGGCAGUACAGCUCUAAUAGCCGCAUCACAUGCAGGCCAUGUAGAAGUUGUUCGUUUGUUGUUGGAGGCCAGUGCUGGUGCGGACAUAGCAGACACAGAUGGUUUCACAGCUCUCCUGCAUGCUUGCAUUCUUGGCCAUGAGGAGGUUGCGUGCUUGCUACUGCGCGCCGGGGCUGACAAGGAGUUUGUGUACAGUCAAGGAACCAUUCUCCACCACGCCUCCAGCGCUGGCCAUUACAACAUCGUACAGUUGCUGUUGAAUGCCGGAGCCGACAAGUUUCGACGAUACAGCCGCAAAGCUUGGAUGCAUGCGAUUGAAAGGGGCCACGAAGAGAUUAGCAAUCUGCUGUUGUCCAGCACUUGUCAUGGUUGGGACUGGCGUGCCAUUAUCAGGAACAUUUUUGCGGUGGAGAUGAUUCAGAACCCCAAAGAUUUCCUGUGGUUCUGGUGCUGUGGGAUCCCCAUAGUCACCGUCGGUGUGCUUUCCACAGAUCUUGAUGACCUUUUCGCGUUGAUUGCAAGCAUGAGCUGCCUCGCCCAAGCCAUCCCCAGUCCAACUCCCCUGACGGCCUUUUGCCGAUGCGAACUUACAGUGGCACGACUCCUGUGGGAAGCAUAUUUCGGCAGAUUGUUGGUCACUGUGUGCGUUUCGGGUGCCAAGGCAGUAGCGGCCAUGAUUGCCCUCAAGGCCGCGGAGGUGGGGGAGGUGCCGGAUUUGUCGUCGCAUCCCGACUUUGCCGAGUUCGUCCGGGCACCGAGGGCGAAGUGA